AUGAGUAUAUCAUCCCUUUUAUUCAGAGGUUUAAAAGGGGGACAAGGGGUAUGGAACGAUAUCAACAACGAAUUAGAAUUGAUAAGUUUGACAAAGGAAAAAAAAUUAAAAAAAAAAAAAGAAAAAAAACGUACGACGGGUAUAAACGGUUUAACUUAUGCCACGAUGAAAGUCGAUCUCACAUUUAAAUCAACCGUGAGCGACGUUGAAUUAAUGAAUUUCCGUCAUUAUUUGAAAAAGAAAAAUCUCGGGAGGGAAGAUCACAUCGUCACAAUACAAGACAUUAAAAUCGUCGCCAUGUUUCUUUGCAUGCAACCCCUACCGACUUUAUUUUAUAAAUUUUUCAACGUGUCCGUCGUCAAUCAAUUACUCAGAUCAUGCAUCGUUUACUUACAAUUUUUCUUUCAGACGUGCGAAACGGUCGUGAAAACUCAACAGUUUUUAAAAACGAAUAGAAAUUCACGUUACAAUCCGUCAUCUCAUCAAUCCAUGAAAGAAGAUUUGGACGAUUUGAGAGUUUUGAUUGGUAGAUUUUACGCGGCCGUCAUUUUUUCCGAAUUGUCAUCCAUAGAAAUAAGCAAAACGGACGAAAUCAUCGUUUUCGAAUGUUUUUUAAAAGUUUCCACGAUCGUCGUUUGGAUAGCGCUAGAAAGAAAAUAUUUAAACACCAUCAGAAUCGAACUCGAAAGAAUAUUUCGUACCGUUUAUUUUAACAAUUUCGAUACGACGUCGGAAAAUUCAUCCUAUAACAUAUUGAACGAAAUAAAAAAAGAAAGUUUUGUCGUUUUACAUGGUAAAAUAUCGGAAUUCGAUAAAAGGAAAAAUCAAGGGAUAACGAUUGGAAUAUUGGGAUUGCAAAGAAGAUUAUUCGACCCAUUGCUGUAUCCAUGUUCGAAAAGAGUUCUUAAACUAUUGAUAACGAGUAGUCCUAUGGACGUAAGCGACGAACGUAAAUUGCUCAGGGAAAACGCCAUUAAAAAAGCACAGAGAGAAAGCGAACCUCAACCUCCUCACGUUUUCGACGAUCUACCGAGAAUUCCGAGACCCAAGAAAUACACGAUAAGCGUAGAAAAGAAAAAAUUAGGUAAAGCCGGUACCCGAGACGGGGGAGACGACAGAGAAAAAUCCGUUAAAAUCGAAGGCGAAGGUAGCGACGAUGGUGAUGACGAUGAUGAUGAUGAUGGCGACGGUGAUGAUGAUAAGGAAGAAGAAGAAGAACUCGAAACGGUCGAAAGUUUGGCUGAAAGUAGUUUUAAAAGCGCUGAAGAUGAUUUAUACACUUUUUGA